ACUAAUGCGUUUCUUUGAUAAAAAAUAAAUAAAAUAAAUUUUUGAAAUUUCAAAAAGGUUAUUAUUUGAAAAAAUACAUUAAAAAUAAGAGGUGAAUUUUUGAAAAUAAAACAAUGAGAGGGAUGAAACGAAAGACUCCAAUUUGCUGCACUAAAGUCAUCUCUUCCCCUUCCACCGGAUCAUCCCGACUGAAAUUCCGAGUCAACUCGAGAUGCUUCCGCAAAGUCGAGCUCUGACCGCCCAUCUCCCAUCCUCGCCUCUCCCGACUGCCCAUGUCUACAGAAGAGCUUCUCUCAUCUUCCCCAAAUCCACCAAAACGAACCACCAUUACUCGUUAAAGAAUCGGAAUCUUUGUUUCAGAUAUUCAUAUCGACAUCUGAAAUGCUCCGUCUCCGUUGCUUCACCGGAGCCCGCCCAAUCUGAAUUGAGUAGCGACGGAAAGCCAUUCCCAGCUGAAGUUUCCAGAACAAUCAUGGAAUUGGCAUCCGUAGGCACUCUGUCCACUCUGACCCAAGACGGCUGGCCUCUGGGUAUCGGAGCUCGCUUUGCUGUUGACCAUGAAGGCACUCCGAUCCUCUGCUUGAAUGAUUCCAUUUCUAAGGAAUCUGUUAAUAGCAAGUCCAGCUUUCACGUCCAGCUAGAACAGUGUGGGGUGAGGAGUCCACAGUGCACAGUUCAAGGUAGUCUUGAAAAGCCAGAAGACCCCAAUGUUUUGAAGAAGCUUCAAUCAGUAUGGAAAAGGCGUUUUGGUGAUGAAGUAGACGCACACAGCUUGUAUGGUGUUUCUGUUGAGCGAUUGUUCCUUAUUGAAGAUUUUGGGGAGGAUGGUGUAUGGGUCAACUCUUCAGAAUAUAAGCUGGCAACCCCUGAUCCACUCAGAGAAUUGGCAGAAAGAAUGAUCAGUGAGAUAAAUUUUCACAAUAUGGAAGACGUUAUUCGCUUUUGUAAUGUCUAUGUGGAUUUGGAUUUUCGGGUAUCAGAUGCAAGGUUGCUAUGGGUUGACAGAUUAGGGUUUGACGUCCGUUUCUGGUCCCCCGAGAAGGAUAUUUUUGAAGUUAGAAUUCCUUUUCCCAGCAAAGUAGCCGAUGCAAAGGGUGCUAAAUCUUCUUUCAAUUGUAUGUCUCAACUGGCUUGGGAGGUGGAGAAGAAUUAUCAAGCACCACAAUUUGAGAAGGCAAAGAAACUUAAAAAGAUAAUGUUCAAAGGGAGAUCUGAAAAAGUUGGCAUCUCUUAGACAUUUCAAGUUUUGCAUCCACCUUUGUCUACAAUUCAGUCUUGCUUCACAAGCUAUGAAGAAAUGUUUCGGUUUUCCUGAUCAUUGUAGCUCUUUUGAUCUAUUCUUCAAACUCCAUGUGUAGAACAACGUUUUGAAAUGAAUUGGUUUUGCCAUGUUGUGGCUUUGUAAUGUUAGUCAAGAUGACAAUUAGUCAUUGUCUCAAUUCUUUAUGAUUUUUUUGCUUGUAUGUCCUAUAAUUAAGUUGUUUAACUACUUGACUAGUAAAGACAGGGUUUUGGC